AUGAAACGAAGGGUAGACAAGUGUUUAGUUGAAAUUUUCGAAUCUUCUACCAAUCAACAAAAAAUGAAAGCAGUAUUACUAACUUUUAUAUUGUGUUUAGUUAUCAGCGAGUUGUAUUGUUCUUUAGAACACGAAUGGAACCAAUUUAAAGUUACUUACAAUAAAAAAUAUAAGACAAGUAGGGAAGAACAGAGAAGGUUUAAGGCAUUCAAAAAAAAUAUAAGGGAAAUAACCAAUCACAAUACAAGAUUUAAGAAAGGUUUAGAAACGUUCGAGAAAGGUUUGACUGUAUUCGCAGACCUUACGAAAAAUCAAUUCGAUAAAAAAUAUGGUUUUAAUCUCUUUAAACCGAAAACGAUGAUUGUUUACACUAGCACCCACAGACACAACAAAUCAGCAUCAACGGAGUAUUUCGACUGGAGAGAAAAGGGUGCCGUAACUCCCAUAAAGGACCAAGGAAUUUGUGGAUCCUGUUGGAUAUUUAGCGCAAUAGGAAUGCUGGAAGGUUACAACCUUUUAAAAACUGGUCAACUAAUAUCGCUGAGUGAACAAAACGUGGUUGAUUGUUUUUCCAGCUCGUCGUGUAAAGGGGGAUUUCCCGUAGAUGCGAUCCACUACGUUAAAGAAAAUGGCAUAAGCACAGCGGCCGAUUACCCUUACAGACAAACCCAGGACAAAUGUAAAGGCAAUGUGCCCAGGAUUACGAUAGACUUCGAAGGAUUUAAUACACUGAACGUAACCGAAGACGGACUGAAAAAGCUGUUGAUCAAGUUCGGACCUCUAGGCAUCAGCUUGUACGUAUCCGGAGUUUGGAGGUUGUACAAAAGAGGAGUUUGGUACCAAAAAGAGUGCUCCGAUAACAUCAAUCACGCCGUCAUUUUAGUCGGUUACGGCACUGAAAACGGUGAAGAUUACUGGUUGAUUAAAAACUCUUGGGGAAAGUCAUGGGGAGAAGAUGGUUAUAUUAAAAUUGCAAGAAAUAGACAUGAAAAUUAUUGCGGGUUAACUAAAGAUGUUAUGUAUAUCUAUUAA